CUUCCCUCACCGGACCCGUGUGCUCCGUCCGCCGGCAACAAUGAUCUGCCUCUUUCUGUCCAUAUUCGCCCACAUCUUUCAGUCAGGGUGGACUGGGGUGAACGAGCGCACCUUCGUUGCUGUGAAACCCGAUGGCGUGCAGCGGAGACUGGUGGGAGAAAUUGUGCGUCGCUUUGAGAAAAGAGGGUUCAAGCUGGUGGGCCUCAAACUUAUGCAGGCAUCUGAGGAGCUUCUUAGGGAACAUUACUGGGACCUGAGGGGUAAACCCUUUUUCAGUGGACUGAUAACCUACAUGAGCUCUGGACCAGUUGUUGCAAUGGUGUGGCAGGGUUUGGACGUGGUGAAGACUGCACGUAAGAUGUUGGGAGAGACCAACCCUGCAGACUCGCAGCCGGGAACUAUCCGGGGAGAUUACUGUGUGGAAGUGGGCAGGAAUGUGAUCCACGGCAGCGACUCUGUGGAGAGCGCCCAGAAGGAAAUCUCUCUGUGGUUUCGUCAGAACGAGCUUCACUGCUGGGAGAACAGCAGCAGCAGCUGGAUCUACAACUGACGGUCUAAAGGCAUCAUCUUUGCACCGUCCUGUAGGUAGACAAGCGUUCUCAUUACAACGUGGAUCGCAUCAUACCUCAGAGGAAUAUUUUGGCUUUAGUAGCUUGUAGCCACAGGGGAGAUGCUGUGUCAUUGCUGCCUUUCUGGACCUCUCGCUGCUGCUGCUUCUUUUUUUUUUUUUUUUUUUUUUUUUACAUUUAAGUUUUUUUUUCAGUUUUUCUAUGUGAAGUACGUAUGAGAGGUGAAAUGAUUUUACGAAGUGAAAGUGCACUAAAUAAGCAAUAACUGACAUUGUCUGCUUCUGUUACAGUUUUUGUUUAGUUCAGAACACAAGCUCAUGUUUACAAUGUUUAAGCAAUAAGCUUGGAUUUGAAACAGUUAAAGGUAAUAAUUCAUAACAAUUCAAAAGGUUAAUUUCUGUUGAAGGUACAGGAAACUUUUCUCAUCACCCUUGUUUUCCAUAUCACUACGUAAGUAUGCAAAACAUCAAAUCGCAGCUAAAUUGUUACCACCUCACUUUGCUUUGUUUCCACUUCAGCUUAAUUUUCUUUUUCAUUUGCUUCAGGGAAUUUGCUCCUUGUAAUUUUUAAAGGUGAAAAAUUUGCCAAAUAUAGAUGUUUCCAUUGGUUUCCAUUAUUAUUUCCAUGUUGCACAUUAUUUUCAGUUUCCUGUACCUUUUUAAUAGAUAAUAAAUAAAUUCAGAUUCUGUAGGGGUGCUAAAACAGAUGGUCACAUCACUUGAAACUACUUGAAUACAAUUCUGGAUGUAAGUUGUAAAAUAUGACGUCUGAUAGCUUCCUUGCUUUGAUAGUUUUGUAAUUUCAUCCUGUCAGACUCAGUUUGCAAAGUGAAAUGGCAAUGAAGUUUGCUAAUAUUUUGUUUUAUAAAACAACGUAAUUUUUCCAUAAUCUAGCCGGUCACAUCUAUGCUUUUAUAAAACAUCUACAGUAAUGCUGAGUGAAUUGUAUUGGAACUGUCAAAAAAAAAAGAAUAAAUCUGUUCUUGAAAUGCUUGUUAACAGGCCCUU